GAUAAGUAUUUUUGUUUUUUUGUUUUGUCUUAGGUCUACAAAGUAACUACUGAAAUUUUGAGGUGUAUUUUUUAGUUGUUGUAUUAUUUGUAAUUACAAUGUUAUUAUUAGUUUUCAACUGAUUUUAAUCAUCAAUCAAUUUAUUAUAAAUGUCGAGUAAUCUACAACCUGGAGACAAUAACAUUAAAUAGAAUUCAUUUUCUUUGUUUGUGUGUUUACAAUCAUUAUCAUUAUCAUGUGUAUAUAUGUACAUGCUUAAACAUAAACAGAUACGUGUUUGUUCACUAAUGUACUAGUUGAAUUUUUGCUUAAAUUCAAACCAUAUUUCCAGAUAAUUAUAAAUUUAUCUGUGCGUUACUUAUGUUAACCAAGUUAGCCAAUUAUCAUUGAUUAUAAACCUGGAUUUUUCUAUUUUUAUCAUAUACCAAUAUUCUUAGAAAUGGUGAUGAGAUCUUGAUAAAUGAAUCUUAUUGUCCCUAUUGUCAAUCAGUCAUAUUAUAAUUAGAAGAUAUUAUCACAGGAAUUAUAAAAAUAUAUAUGUGUACAACUAUUUCUGAACUUAGUCUAGUACAACGUUAUAAAUAACAAUAAUCGCUACGUGAAUAUCAAUAACACUGUCAAAUAUAGAUAGACGAAGAAGGGCCACAUUAGGCCAACAAGAAAUUGAUAAUAUACAAGCAAAAAGAUGGAGCCCAUACCCAACAAAUACAUUGGAAUAUUUAUCACAGUCAGUCAGCGAUGCCACUCGUUAUUAUUCACCACAACUAGUGACUAUCAAUCUACAACCAAAUAUAGAUUUGGUUAACACAAAUAAUAAUACUAAUUUAUAUUCCGAUAGGUGUGAACAUUGUUUGGCAAAGAAGUGUACGAAAUCGGAUGCAACAGUAUUAACAAAUCUAAGUGGAAAUUCUCCACCAUUAACUACCUGUACAACUCUGCACACAACUGAGACUAUAAAAACAGAUUUUGAAACAAGUCAAUUCAUCACUCUUGAUCAACCAACCUUGUUAAAAAACUUUAAAACACCCAGACAAAAUCAAAAACCAAUUGGAAGUUUUGUUGACAGUAUAAUCGAUCAAAGCACUAACUAUUUAAAUAAGCAACCCCAAACUCAGGAAUUACCAUUGAUGGCUCAACCAGUAAGUUCAGUCACAAUGAAACCUGUACAAAAUACUCCAGUACUUCCACAGACAGAAGUAUCGAAUCCUGUAGGUUAUAUUCACUCAUCAACAGUGCCAACUUUUGGAUCUAUGCUUCCAAUUGCUUCUAGAACUGGGAAUAAUAUUAAUGUUAAUUUUAAUAGUCCAGUUAAAGCAAAUCAGUCUGAAACUUCUGGACUUACACUAGUUUUAGAUGGCAAAAGCUAUGAACCUGAAGAACUGCUCAACUUAAUUGAACGAUUACGACAAGAUAUUCGAGGAUACACUGAUCACAUAAGAUGGCUUGAACAAGAAUUGAGUCAAACAAGAAUCACUUUAAACGCUCGAGAAAGAGAUAUUGACAAACUGAAAUCAGUUUUAGACCAAAAACUUCAUAAUAAUAUGACACAACUACCUACUCACCCCGUUACACCAAUAUCCGAUAUAUCACGUCAAACAAUUAAACAAAAUACGUUAAAUGUAACCGGAAUAACGCCUACAUUAAAAGCAACUGGUAUGCCCGAAAACACUGGACAACAAAUAUUUGCAGACAAAUUACGCACUAAGAAGCAAGGUGUUUCAGGUGAAUGUUUUACUGGACAUCAAUUAUCAGGUCUUGUACAUCAUGAUAAAGAUACUUGGUCUUCUAGUUUAAUUCGAGAUGCUAUCAGUAACAAUACAUUUUUGAAGCAUUUAGAACAAUCACAAAUUGAAGAAAUUGUAGCUUGUAUGUAUAAAAAGCAAAUACCUCAUGGAUGCUUUAUUAUACGUGAAGGUGAACCAGGCGAUGCAUUGUAUGUUGUUUCAGAUGGAAUAUUGGAAGUAUACAAAGAUAAUACAUUACUUGGACGAAUGGAAGUGGGUCGAGCUUUUGGUGAAUUAGCACUACUUUAUAACUGUAAACGAACUGCAUCUGUUCGAGCUGUCACCAAUGCUUCAGCAUGGACAUUAGAUCGACGUGUAUUUCAACAAAUUAUGAUGUCUACAUGUAUACAUAAACAACAAGAAAAUAUGAAAUUUUUAAAAAGUGUCCCUGCAUUGAAAGAUCUAUCUUCAGAGAAAAUGAAAAAGCUGGCUGAUGUCUUAGAACCAGUGUUUUAUGAAACUGGUGAAUAUAUAAUACGUGAAGGAGAACUUGGUGAAACAUUUUUCAUAAUUAAAUCUGGUAAAGUACGUGUUACACAUACAAUUGAUAGAACUGAUGAAACAAAAGAAAUUCGUCAACUCUCAGAUGGAGAUUGGUUUGGAGAAAGAGCAUUAUACACAUGUGAAAAACGAAGUGCCAAUGUAAUAUCUGCUGAAGGUGGUGUACAUCUACUCUCAUUGGAUAGGAGUAAUUUUAUUUAUUUAAUUGGUGAUUUAAAUGAAUUUAAAUCUAAAACGUAUGAUGAUAUUAAUCGUCCAGCCACUGGAAUAAUAUCAAUAAAUUAUCAACAAUCAGAAGGAUAUUUAAAUAAAGAAGAGACUGUUAGUACCCCACAAACUCUUGAACAACGAGAAUCAAGGGAUUCUUCCUCUUUAGCUAAAAUCGACAAAGAUGAUUUAGAACGAAUCACAGUUCUAGGUGUUGGAGGGUUCGGAUGUGUCGAAUUGGUUGUUUGGACGAAAAACAGAAAUAAAACAUUUGCAUUAAAACGUAUGAAAAAACAGCAUAUCGUACAUACACGUCAACAAGAGCACAUUUGUUCAGAAAGACAAAUAAUGUUAGAACUUCGAUGUCCAUUUAUUUGUCGACUUUACUGCACAUAUAAAGAUAAUAAAUUUGUAUACAUGCUGUUGGAAGCUUGCUUAGGUGGUGAAUUAUGGACAGUUUUACGAAAUAGAGGUCGAUUUGAUGAUGUCAUGACGCGUUUUGUGGUUGCUUGUGUUUUGGAAGCGUUCACUUACUUACACACACAAGGCAUAUUAUAUAGAGAUUUAAAACCAGAAAAUUUACUUCUUGAUCAUAAAGGUUAUGUGAAAUUAUGUGACUUUGGAUUCGCCAAACGAGUUGGGCAUGGUAAAAAGACUUGGACAUUUUGUGGCACACCUGAAUAUGUCGCACCGGAAAUUAUUUUAAAUAAAGGACACGAUAAUUCUGCAGACUAUUGGUCACUAGGUAUUCUUAUUUAUGAAUUACUUACGGGAAGUCCACCAUUUACGGGUACUGAUCCAAUGAAAAUUUAUAAUGUUGUCCUGCGUGGAAUAGAUUGUGUUGAAUUCGAUCCAUUAAAUAUAAGUCGAACUGCAACUACACUUAUUAAACGUUUAUGUGCACAGAAUCCAGCUGAACGGUUAGGCUAUGGACGAGGGGGAAUAAUCGAUAUUAAACAAAAUAAAUAUUUCCAAGGAUUUGACUGGAUCGGUUUGCAUCGUGGUACAUUAGCAGCUCCUAUACAACCUAUUAUACUUGGUCCAGAUGAUACAACUAAUUUUGAUAAAUAUCCUCAACAAAAUGAAGUUCCACCCGAUGAAACAUCAGGUUGGGAUAUAGAAUUUUAGCAUUAAAUUAUUAUUUAUCAUUGUUAACUUGUCACAAAUGAUCUAAAACCUUUUUUCUUAUUAUUUCAUAGAUAUGUUUAUAUAAAUAAUGAUUGUAGGUGUGUGUGUGUAUGUAUGUAUGUAAGCAUGUAUUUAUGUAUGAGAUUUGUGCAUUUGAUAAAGAGUGUAGUUGUUAUCGUAUUGAAAUUCUAUCUAUCAUAUAGCAUAUCUAUAUUCCAUAUAAAUUAUUCAUAAUCUACAAUUUGUGUUUUAUCACCUUAACUGAUCAAUCAUAUACAUUACUUUAUUUAUUGAACAAUGAAAUGAUUUAACCUAUUUUAUAUAACUGUGAAUAAUAAUUAUUAUUUAUAUAUUUUUUUCGGUCAUGUUUUCAAUUGUAAAGAGAGUAAAAUAGAAACUAUUCAAAUCAUAUAGAUGAAUUUUUUUUCUUUACUCUUCUUUUCUCUCAUUUUUUCGUAUCAAACUCAUUAGAUUUACUUUUCUGAAUUAAAUAACAAAUAAACUUUUGAACUGAAAAAAGCAUAUUCUUUUUUUCAUUGUACGAUUCGAGUUCCUUUUUGUUGUUUCAUUGUUUGUUUGUUUGCUUUUAAUGUUUUUGUUCUCUGCUUUUUUUCUUCCGGUUUUGUUUUGUUUUUGCAAUGCGACAAAAAGUGAAAAGAAGAUAAUAAUUUUAUUGUUGAAUUAAAUUUUCACAUUAUUCUUAAUUAGAAAUAAAAUUUCUUGUUUUCUUCCUUUUUUUGAUAAAGAAAUUCAUUAUAAAAUAUAUUUCACUGCUGUGUACAUAAAUAAAGAAAUAAAUGUGUGUAUGUUUAUAUAUGUGUGUGCUUAUUUAAAGUUCUACUAACCUAAAUGAUGCACAUCAAAUUAGCAAUAAUUGAGUUUAGAUUUGAUCUAAUACAG